CCUUAAUGUACUUUCUCUUUUCAUUCACUUAUAAAUAGCCCAAUUCAUUUCCAUUUCAAUACAUCUUUCACAUUAAAACAAUUUUCCCACAAAACCAUAACAUAAAGAAAUGGCACACAAAAAUGUUUUGUCUCUCCUCCUUUUUGUCAUGCUCUUGUUGAUUAAUGGACAAGGAAGCUUUGCCCGAUAUAUGAUACAAGAGAAUGUAGAUGAAAUACAAGUUGCUCAACCUUACCUUGACGGUUGGCUCAAAAAUCCUUUGAAGAAUCAAAAACACAUUGCUAACUCUAACCAAGUUUACCUUGAUGGAUGGUUGAAAGAUACUCGGGCAGAGAAAACCAAAUCCUCCCAGGAUUCCGAUCAAGUCUAUCUUGAUGGAUGGUUGAAAGAUAUCAGAGCAGAGAAACCAAAAUCGACCUCUGAAUCCAACCAAGUUUACCUUGAUGGAUGGUUGAAAGAUACUCGAGUUGAGAAAACAAAAUCUACUGGUGACUCCAAUCAAGUUUAUCUUGAUGGAUGGUUGAAAGAUAUCAGAGCCAAGAAAGAAAAGUCCACACCUAACUCCAACCAAGUUUACCUUGAUGGAUGGUUGAAAGAUACUAGAGCAGAGAAACCAAAAUCGACCUCUGAAUCCAACCAAGUUUACCUUGAUGGAUGGUUGAAAGAUACUCGAGCUGAGAUAGCAAAAUCUACAGGUGACACCAACCAAGUUUAUCUUGAUGGAUGGUUGAAAGAUAUCAGAGUUGAGAAAGAAAAGUCAAUACCUAACUCCAACCAAGUGUACCUUGAUGGAUGGUUGAAAGAUACUAGAGCAGAGAAAGCAAAAUCCACUUCUGAAUCCAACCAAGUUUAUCUUGAUGGAUGGUUGAAAGAUACCCGAGUUGAGAAAGCAAAAUCUACAGGUGACACCAACCAAGUUUAUCUUGAUGGGUGGUUGAAAGAUAUCAGAGCUGAGAAAGAAAAGUCAAUUCCUAACUCCAACCAAGUUUACCUUGAUGGAUGGUUGAAAGAUACAAGAGCAGAGAAAGCAAAAUCCACCUCUGAAUCCAACCAAGUUUACCUUGAUGGAUGGUUGAAAGAUACCCGAGCUGAGAAAGACAAAUCUACCCCUGACUCCAACCAAGUUUACCUUGAUGGAUGGUUGAAAAAUACCCAAGCUAAGAAAACAAAAACCAUGUCUGACUCCAACCAAGUUUACCUUGAUGGAUGGUUGAAAGAUUCCCGAACUGAGAGAACAAAAGCUACCCCUGACUCCAACCAAGUAUACCUUGAUGGAUGGUUGAAAGAUACCCGAGCAGAGAAAACAAAAUCCACCUCUGAUUCCAAACAAGUUUAUCUUGAUGGUUGGUUGAAAGACACCCGAGCUGAAAAAGAAAAAUCCUCCUCUGACUCCAACCAAGUUUACCUUGAUGGAUGGUUGAAAGAUAUUCGAGCUGAAAAAACGAAAUCCCCCUCUGACUCCAACCAAGUUUAUCUUGAUGGAUGGUUGAAAGACAUUCGAGAUGAGACAACAAAAUCUACCUCUGAUUCUAACCAGGUUUAUCUUGAUGGAUGGUUGAAAGAUAUCCGAGCUGAGAAAACAAAAUCCAUCCCUGACUCCAAACAAGGUUAUCUUGAUGGAUGGUUGAAAAAUACCCGAAACUAGUUCAUGUCUUUAUUAAUCAAUAUCUAUGUCAUUUUGAAAACUUUUCAUGUUGCUCAUAUGUUUUUAAUCUUCGUGCUUAGUAAAACCUUAUUUCUAUGUAUUAAGUAAGAUCUCGUUUGUGUACUAAAUAAGUUAUUGUUUCUAUGAACUAGUUGUUUGUGUUUUAAAAUAAACUUUAAUUUAAUCUGAUAAAGAUUGAGUUGA